UUGGGUAUUUAAAUGGGUUGAAGGUCGAGGCUGUGAGUACAGCAGUGACCGGGGCUGGCACCGGCGGCUUGUGUUGUUUGUGUAACUGCAUGACUGUGCCUGUGUGCUUUGCCCUGACUGACUGACCGACGGACUAACGGACCGACGGAAAGCCCUUUCUGGAAGGUUCUGCAACAUCGGAUAGUGUUCUGCAUUUACAUUAAGCACUGAAGGCUGACUGACAUCAUGCUCGCUAAAGACCGGAUUUGUUACGAGACGUACCAGGAGACUGCGGACUGGCUGCUGGCCAGCACCAAACACCGGCCGAAGGUUGGGAUAAUCUGCGGCUCUGGACUGGGACUGCUGGCUGAGGCACUCCAAAAUCAGGAAUCCUUCAAAUACGCCAACAUUCCCAACUUCCCACAGAGCACAGUUCAAGGCCACGCUGGCAGACUGGUGUUUGGGGAUCUGAGAGGGAAGCCAUGUGUGUGCAUGCAAGGCCGUUUCCACAUGUAUGAAGGUUACAGUCUUGCCAAGGUGACGUUUCCUGUCCGGGUGUUCAGAUUGCUGGGUGUGGAAAUCCUGAUAGUUACUAAUGCCGCCGGCUCAAUCGCCGAUGGCUACAAGACCGGGGACAUCAUGGUCAUCAAGGACCACAUUAAUGUGCCCGGCUUCAGCGGACAGCACCCACUGUGUGGGCCCAAUGACGAACGGUUUGGUACCCGGUUCCCCUCCAUGUCCGAUGCCUACGACCGAGGUCUCUGUAAGUUGACCAUGGACCUCAGUAAGGAGCUGGGUUGCUCAAACAUCAUGCACGAGGGGGUGUACUGCAUGCUGGGCGGUCCAACUUUUGAGACACCAGCUGAAGCCUGUUUGCUCCACAAGCUGGGAGUCGAUGCUGUGGGGAUGAGCACGGCCCCAGAGGUGGUGGUGGCGAGGCACUGUGGCAUGCGGGUGUUCGGACUCUCUCUGAUCACCAACGAAGUGGUGAAGGAGUACGGCCGUGAGGAGGUGCCUGGCCACGCCGCAGUGCUGGAGAUCAGUCAGAAGAGAGCGGCGUUGCUGCAGAGGCUGAUCACUGAGCUGGUGGCUCGCAUGGAAUUCAGCACCGCCUGCUAACAAAGGCAUCAAGGACCCACAUAGGGGCCAGACUGAAGGCUAGAGACACCCCCACCCCUCAGCCCCACCAACAUCACCCACCCUCCGCCCCACCACAACACUGGAACAACAACACUGAUCUGCCUCCCGACCCCCACACGCACACACCCUCCCACUCCCAACCUUACUGGCUUUGCGUUACUUUCAGGAGUUUUCCAAGCCAACUCGUGUUGGGGGAGAUGGGGGUGAGGGUAAUCCAGUACGAUCUCUGAUUGGAUUCCUCUGUAAGGGUGUACCUCAGCCCAAACCGCAGGAACUCUGCACAACUGUGGAAAUUUGCAGCACAGAAAGGAGGCCAUUCGGCCCAUUAUUCUUUUGCUGGUUUUCUGAAAGAGCUCCCCGGUUAGUAGUCCCUCCGUCUUGCCUUUCCUCUCAACCCCAAACCCUCCCCCCCCCCGCCCCCAACUCCAUCCGCGCCCUCCAACAGCCAUUUCCUUCCAUUUAUCAGAAGGAGUCAGGUUUCCUAUUAAGAAGUGCUGUUCCGAAGCAUCACAUAGAUGAUAAUAUUUAACAAGUGACUGAUUCCCAUCCAACCUCAUCUCACCAGUCAUCUUCCCACCAAUUCCCUCCUUUCCUUCAAGGAGUUCAACUCCAGUGCAGGGAGGGAGGGAGGGAGAGAGAGGGAAGGGCAAGAGUCCCACAGCCUCUUUGAUAGUCUCACGCCAAGUGGCCUUAAUCCACAUUGGGAGUGAGUGACGGUGAGUGUCAUCAGCAUAUUUGACUGAGGAGACAAAACGGAGAAACACGUCCCCAAAAAAUUGCAAUCUACUAACCAAUAAUAAAUUCAGCUCAAGUACUUCAGCAGGUUCGGUCAAACAUCUCUGCGACAAUGUUGGCAGUUUCAGGGGUGAGGGAAAGAAAUGUUCAUUGAGGGCAAUAAAGAAAGGUGUCUCACCCUGUU